AUCAUUCCUAUAUGCUGACGACCUCAAAGUCGUUUACUCCUGCUACGCUCAUGAACUAAGCGAUAUGGUAAAUAAAAUACAUCUUGAACUAAGUAGUCUCGCAACAUGGUGUACUGAAUCCUGUCUUAAGUUCAACAUUGAUAAAUGCGGCUGGAUUUGCAUCGGAAACAGUAACCUUGACCUGAAUCUUGAAAUAAAUGGGCGUAAACUAGCCAAGCUCAACUCAGUCGUAGAUCUCGGUAUCAGAUACUCUAAUAACUUAACGUUCUCUGAACAAACUGAUUAUGCCAGACGUAAAACACGAAGGCUCCUAGGAUGCAUAACUCGUAAUUUCUUUUGUUGUGAAACUAGGGUUUUAUUAUAUAAAGUAUGUGUCCGACCUAUUUUAGAAUACUGCCCGUUUAUUCUUAGCGGACUCAGACAAAAUGACAAGCUUAAGUUAGAAGGAGUGCAACGGCAAUUCACCUUAAGAAUUCUUGGUUUAGAAAGUGGUCUCCAAUACUAUGAACGUUGCGACAGACUAAGUUUAGAACCACUCUGGAAAAGACGUCUUAAGCUAAACCUGAUUUUUUACUACAAGCUAACUAAUCUGCUCGUGCACUCCUCCGAGCCAAUAAUUAAACCUACCGCUGUCAUCAGUUACAAUCUUAGAAAUCAUCACAACCUAGCUGCUAUAGAGCAUUGUCAGACUCACAUGCGGUAUAAUUUCUUCUUAAAUAAGUUUUCAGUCAUUUGGAAUAGACUACCAGCUGAUGUGCGCGAUGCAAACACACUCGCAGUGUUCAUCUCCUCAGUCACCAGACUGCUCAAAGAUGACAGUGCACUUCUGAGUCUGAAUCCUACAUCCACUUUUUCGUCCAACAUAGAUAUUUUAAGUUCAUUAAACGUGUAGUUACAACAAACUACAAUUAUAAAUUUUUAUAUUAUUGGAAGUACAUGAUAGACAUUUUUACACAGGACAACAAUAUUAGCUCACACAAUAUAAAAGUUAGCAUUACGGGAAUAGUUAGUUAGUGCACCAAAAUAACUAUAAUUACUAAACAGAAUAUAAAUGUAUGUAUACAUAUUAAUCACCCCCUAAGUACUCCACUUGCUUUCUUUUGCGUUGUUGUUGUUGUUUGUCUUCUUUUGUCUCUCACCAUUUCAGCUUCCAUUUAACUUUUUGAAUGAGAACGAAGAAUGUAGAUAUUUGCCCAUUUACAAUGACAAAUGAUCUGCAAACAUUAUUGGUCCCAUAACUUACAAUUCCCUCGUGAAUUGCGCAUUGCCUUCACCAACGACGUAACCUGGAUUACAGUUGUGAAAUAUAUCUUUAUACCAAUAAAAAAGUAUUGAUUUAUAAUACUUCACGAAUGUAACUUAUAACAUAACUGAUCUUGUCUGCAAAAUAGCUUGCAUUUCUUGAAAACACCCGUUUAUAAGAAAAUAUAAACUACCAUUAUUAUUAGUCUACCUUGAGUACUAUUCACUUGUGAUGUUACGAAGAAAAUGCUGACAAAAGUAUACAAGUGGAUUACUUAUUUUAAAUUAUUAUCAAGAAUAAGACUCGAUGCCGUACACACCAAAGUUAUAUGGAGGAAUUACUUCAAGCUUUAUUUUUUUCCCAAGUAUUUGUAAUCCAUCCAAAACAUACUUGGGUUUUUUUUGUUAAUGCGAAGACAAUAUUUCUAUAUUUCUUGAUGUGCUCCAUUGAAUGACUAGUUAUCAUAUUGUUCCCAUAG